GACGACUGAAACGAGAGUUUGAACGACGGUUCAAACAAGUUCAAACCUGUAAACGUCAGUACAGAUGCGCAAAAUAUUGCUGCAAGGCAACAAUACCGGCAAAUAGCAAUAAAUACUCGUGCCGGUGUAACGCGAAUAACAAAUAUCGAAAAUAAUUAAAUCAAUUGAGUGAAAAUGGCAGUGUCAUGUGAAUUUGUGAACAUUUUCAGAAGGAACUGGAAAGACAAAAAUUACGACGAGUUAGAGAGGUUAUUCAAGGAGGCCCCCAGGUACCUGCAGAACCUAUUGCCCUCACAAAUCGGUCCUCUCCUGGAAGAACUCGUGGCGGACGAUGGCCUCCCGAAAUUUCUCCGCGACUCGAUAAAUCAGGUAAGGUUUUCAUCAUCCUAUGAUUCUUCCACAAGAGAGGGUUUCUACCUUCUCAAGUACCUCUUCACGACCUUCUCCGAGAAUUUUCACCCCUACCUGAGGACAACCGCCACCAUCUGCGAGUUGGGGAUUAAAUUCAAAAUAUCCCAUUAUACGAAACGAGCUGCUUGCCACGUUUUCAUUUCCCUGACGAGGACGUUCCCGGAGUUCUCUGCAGGUUUUGAUGAUUUCGUCAACGAGUGCAUGGAUAAAUUGAAUCGUUAUGGAGACGAGAAGCUAUUAAUCCUCCAGGUACUCUGCACAAUUUCUCGUCAUCACCCUGGACUCCCAGGAAUAGGGAUAAACAAAUACAGACUCCAGCUGAAUGUCUUACAAAUGCUCAAGGACGCCUGCGAUACCAGGAAAACUCCUUACCGUAUAGGAGUCGCCCUGGACUCACUGACAGAGCUCCUCCACAAUUUCCCUCUGACAAAGGAAACUCUCGCUCAGAAUUUAUACACUUGUCUGCGAGUUAUGUGUACGUCCUUGAAUUUUAUCGAUCAGUACAAGGGCCUCGCCGAGUCCGUUAUCACCCUCCUGGCGCAACACAUGCAGCAGCUCGAAGCCUUCAUCUGCGAGGAUUACAAUUUAUGGCACGACUUCCUGAAGACGUUGACGAGGCAUGACACCUUGGCUUCUCUGGCGAGAGACGCCCUCCGGAUUUUCUAUAAACUUCUGGUGGAGUCCCUAAAGCGAGGACAGAUUCCAGAGAGUCAGGACGUCGUGGAGAGUUUCCAGAAGAAUUUCGUGGAGUCAUUGACUUCAAGAGACGAAAACCCCCAGGACUUGAGGACAGCUAUCAUGGGGUACAGUCACAUGGCGGAGCUUUUGAAGGCCCAAGACGAUGGAACAGCUGUGGAGAAGAUGUUUUUCCUCAUCUCCAGGAGGACGGUGCCUUUGUACUUCACUGAAGAUGAUCACAUCAAUUUUGGAGAUAUUGUCGAGUAUCAGGAAACCCUGGCACGAAUCCUCACGCAGUUACCAGACGUCACAGGGGAUCACAUGAGGAUUAUCAACAAGAUGUGCGUCCUGACGAUCAAGAAAUAUCCUGAGCUGAAGGCAGAGGACCAGAGCUACGCUGGACGCUCUCUGAAAAUAACGAUCGAACACAUGAGUCACUUGAAAGUGCACUUUUUCGAGGAGUUUCUCUCGAAUAUCGUCUCCGAAGGCAUUGCCUGGACCUGCUCACAUCCUCUCCUCAUCGAUGCUGAACUCAGCCGAGACCAGGAAAAUUCCCAGAGACGUCCCAUUACUUACAAAGAUUACAUUCCCCUCUGGAAGUCCCUCCUGGCCUCUGAAAAUUACACCCUGAACAAUCAGGAGAAAGUUUCCACUGAACUCUUGACCACCUGCAUCAACCUGACGUCAAAACUGGACGUCAGGAUAAAAACCCGAGAGGAUAAUGUCUUCUCGGACAUCGCACUCUCCCAAAUGCCUGAAAACGAGGACGAUUUCAGGAUAUUCGUGAACCUGGUGGACCUCUACGACGAGCUUCUCCCAGAUAUUAUUAAUGAAUCCUCAGAAAUCGUGAAAAAACUCCUGGAGAGUCUUAUCGAAAGCUCGAACACGCACCCACUGGUCUCCGGGUUCUACAGACUCGUGAAAAGAUUAUUACGAGUUGUUCCAUCGUUUUCAGCCUCUGAGAAUGCUUUUAUCGUGGAGUACCUGAGGAAAACCCUGAAAUUCGUGUUCGAGUUUUCCCACGAGCUGCAGAUCUCCUGUAUCCAUCUCCUCCUGGAGAUUCCCAAAGAUUUCGCAAGAGAUUUUCUCCCCCACGUGGCACCAGUCUUUACGCUGGCCUUCAGAAUCGGCCUCAAUAAUUACGAGUUAGCAGACAAGACCCUUGAGAAUCUGGAGAGAUUCGUCACCUGGGGAGAUGAGGGGCCAGUGAGAGCUCUUCUCCUGGACGUUCUUCCUUCUCUGGAAGUCUACCUUCGCAGUAGAGAGAGCCUCGAGGUCUACGAUAACGUGGAGGCUCCAGUGAAACGAAUUUCAACCACAGAGAGUGCCCUGGAACUUCUCCAGAACAAGAUCUUAAUUUUCUUCGGUAAAGUCACCAAUUCUGUGACCUUCGAAUUCCUCCACAAUCAGUCACAGAAUACUGGAGGCACCUGGGACAGCAAGGACCUCCUGGAGUACACCAUGACCUUUCCAGAGGAGAACCUCCCAGUGCACCUGGACACGAUCCUUCCCAGGGUCAUCGAAUUGUCCUUGCGCUGCAGUGAUUCGAGGACGAGAAUCGCUGCUUGCGAGACCCUCCACUCCAUCGUCAUCAUCGUCCUGGGGAAAAAUGUGGAGUACAUAUCUAACGCGCCUGAUCGUUACGUCUCCUCUUACAAGAUCCUCUGCCCAGUUCUCUUAAAAUUAGGCUGUGACCCAGACGAGGUAAUCUGGCAGAUCUUCAACCCUUUAAUGCUCCAGAUGACCCACUGGUUGAGCUCCAAGUUAAUGCUGCACUCUCCAGCCAUCGGUUACCUGAUCGACAGCCUCUUCGAUGGCCUCUCCGACGACUCCAAUUCCUCCAUCAAGGACUUUUCCGGGAUCUGCCUCGCCGAGUUCUGCAAGUGGUCGAUAAAACAAGACAUCCAGAAUCAUCAGAGAAAAAUACCUCUCAACAUUUUGCAAGUUGUGGAGAACAUCAGGAAUUUUGCUCUUCACCCCUUGAAGAGUCUCAAGAUCGCUAGUGCAAUAGCCUUCAAUCACAUCUACAAGAUCCUCAGGGAGGACGAGCAAAUUGUUGACACUUUCUGGGUGGAGUUCCUCCACUGCUUCGUGGAGGCCAUGGACAACUGCGACGAUCCCAGGAUCAGGGACGCCUUGAGUCACGUGGCGAGGGUUCUCCUGGAAAAAUCUGGAGUGUUCCGGGCGAGCUCCAGCAGACGACGAGUUCCUAUGAACUUCCCCGAUGGAUCCCUGAAGAGUUGUGUGGAUUUCUUGCUGAAUCGUUGUAUUAAUAACGAUUCAAGUGCCAGGAAGAAAUGCAUGGAGUUGUACGAACGUCUCCGAGAAAAAAUUGAAGGGGGAAAUGAAGGGCAAUACCUGGGGAUACAGACCCUGAUGCUGAAAAGGUUAAACGAGUCAGAGACCAUUACCUCUGGAGAGGGCUUGAGGUGUUUCAUUGCAGUCCUGGAUGUCUACAUCUGGUUCCUCCAACGAAAAUUUAUCGAGCCAAAAGUUCUAUUUCAUUCCAAUUGCCAGGGCACGUCCUCAAUUUUCUCCUUCCUCCAGAAAUUUAUCAGGGAGAUCGACGAAAGCCCUGAAGAUGCUAAUAUCCCAGUAGCUGUGAUUAAGCUCUUGGAUCUCCUGGUGGAAAUCCUUCCAAUUGAAUUAUCGAAUAGAGAAGAUAUUCACAACGUCCUCUUCGGGAAUAAAUUCUGCAGGCUCAUUCACAAAUGCAUCAGGGACCCUGAGACCCUGGGAUUCGAUGUAAAAUCCUUGGAAAUGAAGAGAAUACUCCCGGAGAAGAUGGAGAGGCUUGUGAAGUCUUUAAUUAAGGAUUUGUCAGCGACGAAGAUGCAGAUGCUCUUCAUUACCCUGAAAUCCUAUUUCGACGAUCUGUUACUGGCUACCGACGUCCAGGAUCUCUCCCCUGCUCGAAUAAAUCAGGUCAAGGAUAAACUAGAAAGCCUGAUAACCAUGAAACGCUGUGGGCUUUUGGAGGCGCUGUCUAUGGACCAGAUAAUUAUGGAGAAGAAAUUGGUAGUGUUAAAACUGAUCUUCAGGGAGAUGAAGAGGCAGGAAGGAACGAGGGACUGGUGCAGAGAGCUAACACCAGAGAUGAAAUUUCACUUCACACAUUUGCUGGAACUCUGCCUGGACGACGAGGGAUUUUCCUGGCUGGUGAAGUCCAAGGCCCAGCAGAUUGAGAAACUCCUGGAGUCUGAGGAAAGAUCUCAGAUGACGCAUGGGGAGUAUUUCUUCAUAACCUUCAGGGAAACUUUUAUUCGCUUUUUAUUGAGAAAUAUCGAGAUCUCUCUGAGAGUUAUCGUCGAAUUCGCCAGGGAGAGUCCUGAUUUCAUUCUAUUUAUUAUCAACGAGACUGCCCUGUGGCUCCAGAGAAAUAAACGACAGCAUAAAAAAUCUGCUGAGGAUUUCGCCGAUGCGGCGAUUUCCUACUUCGACCAUCUCCACAGGAUCUUGAAAAAUGUGGGGAGACGGAAGAAUAUUCUGAAGAACAUCUACAGGACGGUCGUCCGCCUGAAACAAAAUCCCGUCGACAUUAAAGUGGAGAACAAGAAGAUGCACUACUGGAUUCUUCAGGAGUUCUCCCGCAGUCACACAAUCCCAGAGAAAACUCAACUGCUGGAGGACUUUUUGAUCUACCUGGUGAACGAUUCCGGGGAUGACACAGAGUUGAGAGUGCUAUUCAGGACGUUCGAUCAUCUCCAGGUGUCCAGGGACUCCAAGGGCGUCCCAACGUCGAGCCUGGAGACGACAAAAUUCGUCCAGUACUUCCAAACCCUGGUGAGAGAUCUCCCCAUCACAAAAUCUCUAGUGGUAUUCGAGGCAGUAACGAUUUCGGCCCUGAAACUGGGAAAAUACGCCGAGAACUCAUCGGCGAGUGAUCACCUGGCUUCCUAUUUCACCUCGAUACCCCACGAAAAAGCUCUCAAUUCCCUGCAGAUGGCCCACGAGAUAUUCCUAGACGCUUCGUGGCCAGGGGACAGGCUGGAAGCCCUGAGAUAUUUUCUCCUUCCAAUAUUCAAGCGCUGUCCAGAAUCAGUUCUAAACGACUUCUUCGAGAAUAAAAUUGAGUCCUUGAUUUGGAGCGUCUUUACAGAACUACCGAAAAAUCCCCAGGAUCGUAGGCUCGCCCUUAUUUCGAAAUUCGAAGCCUUCAGUCUUCUGGAGGUGAUGUUCUCCUCUCUGGAUAUCGCCACGAUAAACCAUUCGUCUGGUCCAAUAGCAACCAAAGUUUCUGAGGUGACGGGCCAGACGUCGGAGGUGCUCAUCCAGGUCUUCAGGAAGGUCCUCGACAUCAGAAAAAUGCCAAUCGAUCCCAAUGAUAGCGAUCUCUCGAGAUCGCUGCACUGUGCUGCCUUCAAUUGCGCUGUGACGAUGGUGACUGUCUCCAAAGAGACGAGAUACUUCCAAGCGCUCUUCGGUGAGAAUCCGAGGAAGGAUCAGCUCCUCUGGGAAAGGAUAAUUGACUGCUCGAAGAGUUACUCCUUGACCCAGACAUUCAAAAAUCUUCCAAAGCAGCGUAAAUUCCUCGUGAGCAUCAGAGAAACUCUGGGGAUGGAGGAAUCGUCCUCCAGUCCCUCAUUCCUGAGGAGCUACAACCUGGCGUCCUCCACGUUGACUGAGGACCUCGCAGGUUACGAUAUGCACGGGGUAAUCCCCUUGGCCGAACCCUCGACCCCGAAGUUAUCAGUGACUCUGGAGGACGACGAGCUAAACGAUCACGAGUGCAUGGCACCCAUCGUCGGUUUCCUCAAGUUCGCUUUUGCUAGUCAUCAGGGUGAGGAACCUCCACCCUGGUUCCAGUCAUUCACUGGAGCAAUGGCCGUGAGCGAGAUAAAUGUCAAGUUAUUCCUGCUGAAGGUCAUUUUAAAUACUCAGGAGGAGUUUAAACGAUUCAGGAAAUUGAUGGUUAAUAAAAUCGUCAUGAUGAUCUAUUACAUAAUCAAAAGAUCCACAUUCAGUUACAUAAUCGCUGACGCUCUCCUCAUGCUCGUCAAGUGGGCUGAGGUUUCUGUGCCCGGAGACGACGUGAAAGGCGAAGUGAACAAGAUGUUCGAUCUUCUUGUGUCAAAAGUGGAAGACAAGGUAUCAUUUGAGACAAUUCUCAAGUACAAUUAUAGUAUUCUCCAGCUGCUGGUGAAGGCGUGGCACGAGGUGCUGGAGCCACCGUCGUGUCUCCCUGAGAUGAUGAAGGUGGUGCCGAAGGGUGUCAGGAUCCUCUUCCUACUGCUGCAGAAUGGUCUCGGUCCCAAGCUCGUGCGUGAUGAGGCAGUCCUUGAGUUUUUAUUGAAAGCCCUGGAGACGUGGCAGAAGCAGGAGGAGCCCCUCCUCCAGACAUCGGCAGCGAUCGGUCUCUUCCUGAAGUUCGCAGCUCCUCAGGAUCCCGAGUGUCAGCAACGAGACACUGCAAUCGAGAGGAUAAAAGAGGGAUUGAGAAAGACAGCAGAGCCCAAUCGUAAGAUCAAAUGCGUCCACGCGAUGUGCACAUCGUUUCCUGGGCUCUUGUAUGAAUUAUAUCAGUUUGUGAGUCACAAUCAUCUGAAGAUAUCAGCCCCCACGAAGAAAAAGAGCAUGGAGUUAUUCUUGCUGAGGAUUCCUCGGAUGAGUGACGUUCAGCUGACAGAAGAGUUGACCCACAUUAAAUUCCAGGACCUGCUGGAGAACAAAGUGCUCUCCUGCGAGAAAAUUUGUCUGGAGAUCAUUCUCACACUCGUUACGAGACUGAGUGGCAGUGCUCUUCUCCCCCUGGCCCAUCUUGCCUCUAAUUAUUCUCGUCAUAACGAUCUGGACUACAGGACCCUAGUCUACGAUAUUUUCAUGAGUAUCUUCAAAAAGUACAUCAACGUCGUGACAUCCCAGGACAAUUCUGCAGAGACCUUGAUCGAUCUCAGCCAGAAGAUUCUUCUGACUGGAAUCCUGGAUCCCUCUGAGUCCCUCCAGAACAAGUGCAUCACCUUCUGGACUGAGGAGAUAAAAUUCAGGGACAGCUGUCCCGGACGACUCUUGGAUAUUCUCGACGAGUAUUCUAAUCACAUCGCUCACGAUUGUCUCCCCAUCUUCGCUCUUUUAUUUCUCCAGUUGUCAAAGAAAUCUCACAAUUACGAGUCCCAGCUGUUUCGUCCCCUUGACAGCACCUGCAGCUACAAGACGUACAAGAUUGCCACAUCCUGGAGGAUGAAAAAUUUGAGCUACAGAAUACCCCUCUUCGUGUCCUCGUACGCGAGUCAGUACAGCCAGAGGUUCACCCUAGCGUCCCUAUCAUCCGGUGACACUGACUCCAGUGAUGACCUGAUGAUCAGGGCGACAAAUCCCUUGGAGUUCGAGCCGACUCUACCGGUGGCAUUCCUGACUGAGAGCAACCCUGAGGCUUCCACUUCUGAUAACAUUUUUGCUGUGCCAGCAAUCCCCACGAAUUUCUCCCGACGAUUCGUGGCGAGUAAAUCAUCCACGAGACACUCGUACCUCCAAAAUCGACAGGAAUUCUUGAGGCAACAAACGAUGAAACAGAGAGAUUCGAUAAAACUCAGUAGGGGCUACAGGAAUGGUGACCUCCCAGACAUCGCAAUAACCCACGCAGCAAUCCUGAAUCCUCUCCAGGAACUCAUGAAGAAGGAUCCCCUCACCUGCAAGAAUUUUAUGAUCUCAAUGAUCUCCGCCGUGAUCCAGGGUCUCCAGAACCACCGAAAUCCCGAGAAAAAAAAAUCCUACUCAGAAUUCAUUCAUAAAGUCUCUGAAAAAUUUGAACACGUCUUCAUGAAUUAUCAUGGCGGUGAUCUAAUCGUCUCUGCAGCGUUAGAGAUAAUCCUGAAGAAUCCAGGGUUGAGUUUCGAUUCAAAAAUAGUCGCUGGUGUGGCGAAAUUGGUUGGUGAGGAGGAGCUGGGGGCCCUCCUGGUGGAGAGGAAGUUGAUGAAUGAAAUAAAGGAGGAGAGCCUCCUCGAGGAGCCCUCCUCCAAGAGACCUAGGCUCGAGAACGAUGAAAAUCCCCGGACAGAGAACUGGGUGCACCUGGGGGAGCUAUAUGAGUCCAUAAACGACCUCGACGUCUUGUUAUCCGUCUUCAGGAACCACGUCCCAGGGGAAGACCUCAAUUUGGCAUCGGAGGCUCGAGGGAGAGACUCCUGGGAAGAGGCUGCAUCGCAUUACGAGAGAGGUAUUAUCAGCGAACGGGGAGGGACUCGUCGACAUUGCAGACGCGGUCUCGUCGAGUGUCUGGCACGUCUCUCCGAUUGGGAGAAGCUCUCCGAAGUCGUCCACAGGGAAAACACAAGCCUGCUCCAGGUGUUGGAGGAUCCAGUGAUCUCCAGGACUGGGUGGAUGAGUGACUGGUACUUCAGGGCGCAGAUCUAUCAGAGCGCGAUGGAUUCGGAGUCGUCUAAAGAAUUCUUGGAGCAACUGAAGGUCACCGUGAAUACCGAGAAAGGUAGACGACUCGUUGAGGAUCGUUUCCCUGAAGAGUUGGCUUUGAUUCACCACACGAAUAUGAGUGAGCACGCGAAGAGCUUGAUCCAGGUGGCCCUGAGGAAGAGUAGAGAUCGAUGGACUCAGCUGAGUCCUCUAUCAGUCCAGCUGAGACUCCAGGUGAUGACUAAACUACGAACUCUCUGCGACACAAAGCUCUACAGGGAUUGUCUGGUCGAUCUCACUAGAGGCUCAUCAGAUACUCUUCAGGCACUGAUCGACUACUGGGAGAGAAGUCUCCCCAGCCCCGAGGAUGACUCCCUAUCCUGGGAUAUCCAUCUCGCUCGAAGAACUCAUGUGACUGAAGUGUUAAGACGUAAAUUGACAGGAAAUUGCGAUAACACCGGUCACAGCGACAAGUUGUUGGAGCUGGAGAUCCUCCAGAAGAUGGCCUUCAUAAAAUUGGCGUAUUGCCAGAAGAAUCCCGCUCUGAUGACGAAAUAUAUGAUGGACGUGAAGGAUUUCAUCCUGGAGACAUCGAAUCAAUUGCAGAUUGACUUCCAGUUCAAUCGGGCACAGAUAUGUUUUCUCAGGGGACAGCUGGGGAACGCAGAGUCAAAGGUGAAAAAUUUCAACUUGUGCAAGAAGAAGUCGGAGUCUCUUGUGAGGGAGGGGGUCGAGAGGAUCAGCGUUGACACUGCCAUUGAGAAUCUCCAGUUAAUGGUCGACUGGUGCUCAGAGAUGAAAAAUUUGAAGAAUGAGAACGAGAGCAGUUUCAACCGGAUCAUCUCCAAACUUAUUGAGUCCUCCUCGUAUCUCCCCUCCGAAAUCGACCUGGAGGAAUAUCCCCUGGAGUUGCUGAGGAGGAGUAUAUCACUGGCAGUAGCAGAACCCACCCCAAAACGCCUGCAGAAGUGUCAUUUGAAUUUGUUAAAGUACUGCCACAGGGUAAUUCUCGAUCAGCCUGGGAACCAGGAAGCCAUCAAGAUCUUCGUCGAGUCCACACUGAGAGCCAUCGGUUACGGGAGCAACGAAGCAACCAGUUACUUCCCCUGUAUUCUCACGGAGGACUAUUUGGGGAACGACGAGAUUAAACGCGUCUUCAAGGAGGCGACGGAAGGAAUACCAACCUGGAAGUUUCUCAGAUGGCAGCCACAGCUGUUUAUCCACCUGAAGACGUCCCUUCGUCCUUCAGUCGUGCCCAUCAUCGAGAGACUCGCGAGGGACUACCCCAACGCCCUAUUUUCCAGCCUCCAGUCCACAAAGGACGUCAGGUCAGACCUGAAAAACGAUCCACUGGUGCAGGAGCUGUCCUUGAAAUUCAGUCAAGAUCUCAAGGACUUUGCUGAGGCCCUGGAGUACCUGGUGAGACCGGAGUUGUACUUGAUGCAUCAUCUCGAUGAAUUAGCCCAGGAUUUGCACCUGGGGACGGACUUUGUCGUCGACAGACUCCUGGCGAAGGUGUAUCAUCCCAGAGACCCCUCCAUGCGAGGUAACAUUUACAAGUACAUUUCCACCUUCGAGGAGGAAGUGUUGAGAAUCAAGGACAUGUCUCCGGAGACGAUUGAAGAGUUCGUGAAGUCCUUGAAAAGGCGUCUGAACUCAUCUCUGACGAGGAAUAAAGACAGUGAUAUGUUGAGGGACUAUAGCCCCUACUUGAGUCGGAUCAACGGCUCCUCCCUGGAAAUACCUGGAGCCUGCUCUGGAGAAAGCGACCCGGACUCCAGGUAUCGUCCGAAAAUCGUCAAGAUUGAGGAGAAGAUACAAGUGAUGAAAUCCCUGAGGAAGCCUAUACGUAUGAGAAUCAUCGGGGACGAUACCAAGUCGUACAACUUCUUACUGAAAUUCGGUGAAGAUUUGAGAGGAGAGCAGAGACUCCAGCAGACAUUCAACGUCAUCAAUGAGGUCCUCAGAAGGGACCUGUCUUGCUCUCAUAGAAAUCUGUUCCUCAAAACCCUCAAGGUUAUUCCCUUGUCAAGAAGACUUGGAUUAAUCGAGUGGAUAGGGAAUGCCCGGACUCUUCAGGAGUUCGUUGAGUUCACGUGGAGCGAAAGUCAGAGGGGCAAUGUGAAGCUGGUGGAUAAAAAUUACGAGCAGUGGAUCAAUGAAUCCAGUGAUGGGGAAGAGAGGAGAGAGGUGAGGUACAGGGAAGCUGUACUCAGGCGAUCGAGUGAUGAGACCAUCAGGAAGAUGAAGUCUCUGAUGAGUAUGAUCGAUGGUGAUGCUCUCAGAAGGACUUUUCUCACCAUCAACCCCUCCGCUCAGGGUUUCGUCACUGCUAGGAGAAAUUUCAUCGUUACCUACGCUGUCAUGAGUCUCGUUCAAUGGGUUCUAGGAAUCGGGGAUAGACACCUGGGGAAUACAAUGGUGCAGGUGGAGUCAGGGAAGUGUACAGGUAUCGAUUUUGCCUCCGUCUUUGGAGGGGGUGUCCAGCAGGCCAUACCAGAGCUGAUGCCUUUGAGGCUAACCAAUCAAAUCCUCAGGCUGAUGGAGCCCUUCGAUCAGGGGGAUCUCGUCGCUGCCACCAUGGGCCACGUUUUGGAAGCCUUGAGGCACCACAGCGAUCUGAUUUCGGGAGUUUUGGGGCCCAUCGUCCGGGACAGAGUCAACCAGACUCCUCAGGGGCGGCGAGACCAGUGGGUAUCCACGGAGAAGCUCAGGGUAGUCCUCAGAAAGCUGGGGGGAGACCAUCCGGCUGCUGUCAUGCUUGACGAGCUCAGGGCGCAUCACUUCGAGGAAGAGACACUCGUCAAGUACGAAGCCGUCGUCAGAGGGGAAUCUGGUCGGGCCUUCAGGUCUACGGUCGCUGAUACUUGCCUGACCACCGAAGUACAGAUCAAGUGCCUCCUGGAGCAGGCAACUGACCUCAAUGUCCUGGGUAGGACUUACGUAGGGUGGAGACCAUAUGUGUGAAUCGUUAAUGUACCGAUAGCUUUUUAUAAUACAUUAAUUUUUGGAGUAAUGUUUAUUCUUAUUAAAUUUAUUCAUUUAUUCCUAUGAAUUUCCUACUCCCAUGAAGGCA